AAUGAAUGAAUGAAAUAUGUGAAAUUAUAAAUUAGAGUUCUAAUUUUAGCAACGGUUUCAGAAAAAUUGGUGCUUAUGUAAUUUCAAUAGUUUAUUUUUGUCAACACAAUUCAAAAUAUAAUGUCUAAAUUACAAUUUGCAAAAUUAGCUAUAAACAGAUUAGUAGCUACUAGAAAUUAUGGAAUGCUUGCAAAUAAAACUCUAUUAAUAAAAACUGAUUUCUAUAACCAACAAAAUGACUAUAAUAAGGUGCAAAGAAGGCAGUUUAAAAAUUUUGGUCACAAACCAGAACCUACACCUUUUGUUUCAAAACUUUGGUACUCCUUCUUGGGUACAGUCUUUUUUCUCUGUUGUUUAGAUUGGAACUGGAUUUUGACAUAUUUUCCAAAAGCUGAUGCAGCCAGUGUAGAGGAACAUGACAGGGAAGGGGAAGGUGAUGAAAGUUUUCCAGAUGAAAAUAAUGAAACUCACAACGGUGUAGACUCUCAGUCAGACAGUGAUGCAGAGUCAAGUACUGCUGAUGGAGAAGCUGCACCGAAAAAAAAGAAACCAAAACUUGGAUUUCGUGAUAGGAAGAUUAUAGAAUAUGAGAAUCGGAUGCGAGCUUACUCUACUCCAGACAAAAUUUUUCGAUAUUUUGCAACUAUAAGAUUAUCUCAGGAAAGUGGUGCCGAAGUCUAUAUGACUCCUGAUGACUUUCUUAGAGCUAUUACACCAGGAAUGAAACAACCUGAUGGAUUAGGAUUAGAUCAGUACAAGAAAUAUGACCCAAAGGAUGUCAAAAUCAAUCUUGACUUGUCUUUAGAAGAAGAUAGCAUAUUCUAUAAGCUAGGUUCCGCUGGUCUGAUAACAUUUUCGGAUUACAUAUUUCUUUUAACAGUAUUAUCAACAUCACGCCGGCAUUUUGAAAUAGCUUUUCGUAUGUUUGAUAUAAAUGGUGAUGGUGAUGUUGACAGCGAUGAAUUUGUUCGAGUAGCUACCUUAGUCAGAAACCAAACCAGCAUUGGAACUAGACACAGAGACCAUGCAAAUACUGGAAACACAUUCAAGGGUGUAAAUUCAGCUUUAACUACAUAUUUCUUUGGAGAAAACUUGGAUCAAAAAUUGACUAUAGAAAAAUUCUUGAAUUUUCAACACGAUCUUCAAAAAGAAAUUUUAUAUUUGGAAUUUCUGCGCAAAGAUCCAGAAAAUGGAAAAAUUACGGAAUUGGAUUUUGCAGAACUUCUUCUUGCUUUUGCCGGUUAUACAGAGAAAAAGAAGGCCAGGAUGUUGAAGAGGGUUAAGAAAACAUUUCGAGGUGAUGAUAGUAUCGGUAUAUCUAAAGAAGAAUUUAUGGAUUUCUUCCAUUUUCUAAAUAAUAUAAAUGACGUCGACACCGCUCUAACAUUUUACCACAUUGCCGGCGCUUCGAUUGAUCAAGCCACAUUGAAACAUGUUGCAAAAACUGUAGCCAGAAUUAACCUCAGUGAUCAUAUAAUAAGAGUAGUCUUUACAAUAUUUGACGAAAACUGUGAUAAUCAAUUGAGCAAUAGAGAGUUCGUGUCGGUAAUGAAAAAUCGUUUACUGCGCGGUUUGGAAAAACCAAAAGAUACUGGUUUCCUAAAAUUAUUAUACUCUAUACUGAAAUGUGCAAAGGAAAGUAGACCCUCAUUUUUUGACUAAAUUUUAUAUUGCGUAUACAUUUUCCUAAUAAUUCUCUGUGUAUAUAUAUAAACUACUCUUUAAUCUCGAAGAUUUUACAGUUAAUGAUAUUUACUUUGUUAUUGAAGACGUAAAUUAUUUCUAUUGUUAUUAGCGAAUUUUAAAAAUAUACUGUUAAUAUUUGAUCAUUUACAUGUUGUACAGUAGAUUCGUAACUAUAUAUGUAAAUGUAUGUGAAUUGAAAAGAG